AUGGCCCUGAAAUGGCUCAAGCGGCGCAAGGAGCAGCGCGCACAGGGCGAUGCGCCACAGGCUGGCUCCAGCGAGGCCCCCGCGCCGCCCGCGGCCGCGGCCGCUCCGCCGCCGCCGCCCCCGCCGCCGCCGCCCGCGGCGUUACCCCACCGUACGGACUCCGGCUCAGACUAUACAGAUGACGACGACGAGCCGGUGCACGACUUUGAGAUCGCCCAGGAGGAUUACCUCGUGUCUGUAGCGCUCGCGACCAGCGCAAACGAGUACCAGCGAAACGGCGGCGGCGGCGGCGGCUUCCCCUCGGCGAUGGGCGCGGCGGCGGCGCUGGAGCUGUCAGAGAAGUACUGGGUCACAUGCAGGCUCAGCUACGGCGAGCUGUUGUGCGACGGGUUCUACGACGUGUGGGGGGACUAUCCCGAGAUAGUGGAGCGCGGGGAGUUCCCCACACUGGCCGCGCUGAGGCACGUGCAGCUGUUUGAGGGAGACCCGCGGGAGGUGAGGCGCGCCGCAGCGGCCCCGAACUGCGGCCCCGGGGCACGUCGGGGCGCGGGGCUGGGUCCGCCGAUCAGCGCGGCGGCGAGUGCGGCGGUUGCACAAACACGCGCACGCACCCCGCCGGCGGCACCCACUCUCGCCACCCUCGGCUGCGUGGUGCGCCGCGCCUUUGCUGGGUAUAAUCAGGUGAUGCUGGUCAACCGCCUGCUGGAUGAGGGCCUCAACAGGAUUGAAUCUCUGGCGGAGGACGCACUCGCACAGGUUGCCCCGUACGGGGACGCAGACCGCGUGCAGGCGCUCGCCACGCUCGUGGCCGAGCACCUGGGCGGCCCCUACGCGCACCCCGAGCGCCUCCGCCGCGCGCACCUGGACGCGAGCGCCGCGGUCAAGGCUUCGUCUCGCAGCGUCAUCCUGCUCAUCGGGCAGCUACGCGUCGGCGCCGCGCGGCACCGCGCGCUGCUGUUCAAGGUGCUCGCAGAUGCGCUCGGGCUCGAGUGCCAGCUGCUGCGCGGCGCGGGGUACACGGGCAGCGACGAUGGGGCGGAUGUGGUGGUGCGGCUGGAGGGGCGCGACUGGCGGGCGCGGGCAGCUAUGGCUACGGCUGCGGCGGCGGCAGCAGCAGCAGCGCGGCGACGGGGCGGCAAGGGGUGA